AUGGUGGCCACGGCGGAGUUCAAUGACCCGUUCAUCGAUUGGACGGACGUGUCCAUGUCCAGUCAGCAGCUCAGGGAAGCCCGAGAAGCGGCAGCGGGCGCCGAAGCUCGAAUCGUCGCUGCGGCUCGUCAACGUGAGAGGGAGGCGCAGGCGCUCAGGUGUAGUGUCGGCCUCCACGGCGCCGAAAAGGAGGCGGUGCGCGCGACGGGGAGAGGCAAGAGCAAGGCGUCGGCGCGGAAGGUGACCUACGGCUUCCACCUGGUGGAGGGCAAGAUGGCGCACGGCAUGGAGGACCGGCACGUGGCCGAGUUCCGGCGCCUGGAGGACGGCAACGAGGUGGGCCUCUUCGGCGUCUUCGACGGCCACUCGGGCGCCGGCGUCGCCGCAUACCUCCGGAACCACCUCUUCGACAACAUCCUCGGCGAGCCGGAUUUCUGGGAGGACACCAUGGGCGCGAUCCGGCGCGCCUACCACCGCACGGACCGGAAGGUGCUCAGGAAGAAGAAGGCGACCACGGUCGAUGGGGAGGAGAGGCCGCGACGCGGCGGGUCGACGGCGGUGACGGUGAUCCUGCUCAACGGCGAGACGCUGGUGGUGGCCAACGUGGGGGACUCCCGCGCCGUCGUGUGCGAGGCCGGCAAGGCCAGGCAGCUCUCCGUGGACCACGAGCCGCUCCGGGAGCGCGACGCCAUCGAGAGCAGGGGAGGCUUCGUCACCCAGAUGCACGGGGACGUGCCUCGGGUGGAUGCGUCGCUGGCGAUGUCGCGGGCGUUCGGGGACCGGAAGCUCAAGGAGCACAUCAGCUCCGACCCGGACGUGGCCAUCGAGGACGUCGGCGACGACACCGAGUUCGUCGUCCUCGCCAGCGACGGGCUCUGGAAGGUGAUGGCCAACCAGGAGGCGGUGGACGAUGUCAGGGACACGAGGGACGCCCGGAAGGCGGCGGUGAAGCUCGUCGACGAGGCCGUCCAGAGGGGAAGCAAGGACGACAUCGCCUGCGUCGUCGUGCGCAUCCACUCAAAUUAG